AGACUCUAUACAGUUGCCGAGACGCGCGCGACGCCACCGGCGUCCCGGGAGCGUCUGAAAGUAGUUCGCGCGUUGUGCACGGUUGCUGUCGAUAAUUUAAUUGCUACUUGUAAUGCGGAGCGCUUACUGUGGCACUUAGGUUAAGCCCCGAAAGUUGUAUGACAUAAUCAAUUUUGGCAUUGCCAUCUACGGACUUGCUCCUUCUGCGAUAAGUUUAAGUGCGGAAGGACACAAUUAGUGUGCUACGCUGAAAGCGGCGAGCGCGUAAGUGAAACUUGUGCCGUGCGGGUUGUGCACCUUUUGAAGCCGUAUUAUUUCUUAUCUGCGGAUGUCAAGGUAGGUUGCACCGCGCUUUGCGGCAGCUUAGCAUUGGACAAUGUCUGGUCCAGAAGCAACCCAGAAGAUGGAUGAGUAUCUCAGCUCAUUGGGCUUUUGGAGGAAACAGAUCGCCGCUGAUGGCUCAUGCUUGUUUAGAGUGGUUUCCGAGCACGUGUACAACACGCAAUCGAAACAUGAAGUUGUACGACGAGCGUGUGUGCAGCAUUUACGUGAGAAGAAGUCCAUCUAUGCAAAGUACAUUGAUGGGGACUUCGAGCAAUACAUAUCGAACAUGGAAAAUGUGAAGGUUUGGGGCGGCCAUUUGGAGAUGCAUGCGAUGGCAGAACUGUACAAGAAAGACUUCCUGAUCUUUGAUAGCCCAGGCAGGAGUCCCUACUAUGCAACAGAGAAUCACUUUCAAGAUGUGGUGAUGCUCUGCUACACCCUUGGUAAUCACUAUGAUGCUGUCUACACGAAGGAAAGACUCGGUGCUGCAGCCAUGUGCCAAUCCUUUGUGUACGAGACUCUGUACAAGACAGUUUUUAAGUUUGGAGACGAUGUCGACUUGGCAGUCAAAAAGAUGCUCUAUGACAAGACAUACUUCAAGCACAAGAAGAACAUGACCUUUGAGCAGUGGAAAGAGAGUGUCAAGUUUGGCACAGAGACCAAUGUCCUUUCUGAGGAGGAACAGGCCACUGCUUCUGAAGUUGUGACUGCAUUGGCCAAUCGAAUACCCCCAUUUCCAUUCAAAGUUGCCAAGGCUCUGGACCCAACAAUCUACAGAAAUGUUGAAUAUGACAUCUGGAAUGAGGCAGAGAAAGAGAGAAUCCGCAGUGAACAACUAGUGAUUCCAGAGUUGGAGCCUGGUGUUAAAUGUUUGGUGCGGCUGACUCGCGAAUUAGAAGGCCACAGUGCUUCGUUCCAAGCUCACAUUCAGAAAAUGGAGCCAAACGAAGGACCCAUCACAGUUUUCAUCGAAAAGCUGGGGAAAAUGUGCACAGUCCCGUACAGCAGUGUUCAGGCACUGCCCUUGCCAGCACACAAAGUAUUGACUUGGCGCCAGGGGCCACCAUACAAGCUGCGGGGUUGCCUCUACCAGCACUCACUGCUGUCCAACCUUCAGGAUCUUCAAAAGUCGCAGCGCAGACUUGCACGCAAAGGAAAAGGAAAGGACCUGUCUCUGUGGCUGCCUACAGUAGUCGCCGGAACACGUCUGCCCCUAGACUUCUCUAUUCCAAGGCCUUCAGAUGUCACUUGCUCAUCUCCUCAUUUACUUAGAGGCAACGACAUCUUUACAUCUGACAAGGGGAGGUUUCCUCUGAGCCCCUCAUCACCCAUGGACAACAGCCAAGCAAUUUGGAGCCCUCCUGCAGCACUGUUGCGACCUGGCAGUCCCUGCCCAUUUCCUCGGCCAAUCAUGUACCAAGAGAAACAAAGGUAUGAAAGCCAUGCAGUUUUCGACUUCAAGCCCCAGACUAGCACAUACCCAGUGGCACAACCCGGGGACCCAAGUUGCCUACUAGGCCAUACAGCAGCCAACAGUAUACCAUCCAGCUAUGGUCAGCCUACCACUCAAGACACUCCAUUGAAGAAUGAUGAUUCUAGCAUUGUGAGCCCUGGUAUACAAGCACAACUCCCAGCAGCUCACCACAUUGAAACGCCAUACUAUGGCAACUUCACAACCACUGUGUUUGACCCAUCUAUCCUGGGUCAACGUGCACACACAGAACCAGGGCUCUUGAACACGCCACCACCUCCAUCUUACGACUAUGUUUCCACUCCUCCCUUUACUUGUUCUGCACCCUCUCCAGAUGUGUUGUGCAGCCCACCACAGAAUGGGAUCCUGAGCACCACCACUCCGAAUGCUUGUGCGAGUGAUGCCACUCUGCCAUAUGGCCAGGAAGUCACAGCUGUGCAGCAGCCGCAACAGCAGCUGGUUGCUUCCUACUCUCCAGUGCCCUUCGCUAACAUGCUGUUCACCUGUGAGCCACCAGCACCCUCGGUUAACCUGGCUGCUCAGCGCUCUAGUGACCCUGAGGGCAGUGACCUCCCCACUGAUGUCCCGACCCUGCGGUUCUUUUACAACAUGGGCUGUGAUUACUUUCGGAUGUACGGCGCCACUCUGCAACCAUGUGUGUUCCCCUCAGUACAGGGCUACAAUGGGAACUUCAGCCUGACCAUUGUGCCAUACAUGGCUGACUCCAGCAUAGUCAUGCCUGAUAUCAGAUGCACCGUGUCGGAGACUGCACCAAGCACAGACAGUUUCACUGAAGGCCUGAAUGACGGCUCCCUCUCCUCCUCAUUACCUGGCUUUGGCACUGUCCGAAAUGGCAAUAAUUUGGGCACUUCACCAUCCCACAGCUAUGAAAUGAUGUCACCAGUUGUUUCCCAACCUCAGAAGUGACUGCACUGUUAUGCUGUGUGGUAUGGCAGGAGUGUUCUAUGCAUGGUGCACACGCCAAGCUUCCCAGUUCUAGUCAUUCUCUGUAGUUCUCUGGUUCUCUCUCUAGUCAUUUGAAAAACUUCGGAGCAGCAAUGCAACAUGCAGUUUUUCCAUACCUGUGAUAAGUAGCAGUGCCACUCUAAGAUGACUGCAGCCAUAUGUCUGUGCCUUGUCACACUUUGGAAUGUGUACAUUCAACACAUGCCACCAGUACUUGACCUGCAUUCAGUAUUUUUUCAUGGGUCGGCAAUUUUUGCAAUGGUGGUAUUUUCUUGACAUGCAGAUUGCAUUUAUCUGCACAUGUGAGUGCAGCGUACAUAAAAGGGAUUGCUGUCCCAGUGCCAAAAGAAAAUGACACUUUAUUGAUAACUAAGAAUCUGCUUUUCUUACGCUUUGCAAAUCUAUGCAGUAGUUCGUGUUUAAUAUAAACUGCUUUGUUUGAAAGCUUAAUGUUAAUGUCAUCAUUGUUAGUAGGAGUUAUGGCUGACAGCAUUAAGCUUUACUUUUAAUCCAACUGUGAUACCUAAUAGAGACAAUACACUGCUAAUUGCACAUUCUUUUGGCACUGUCUAUUCAUCAAAAUUCCUAGUCAGAUGUACCAAUGUACACCUCCAUGCUCUAACAUGGUCACAUUUGAACAUUGCCAUUUGCAGUUUGGUAGUUACAGCCUCAUUCUAGUCAAAACGUGUUAAAGCGGCAGUGCAAUAAACACACCGUUCUUUAAAGUGCAGCAUAUUUCAUUCACAUCUUGUGUCUCAUAUAAAAGGCCACUAUUUUUCAUAGCUUGUAUAUUUGUGUUGUUCCGAGCCCAUCAUAAACUUGUGAUACUGAACAAAUGUGAUCUUCAUAGUGCCAUAGUCCCUGAUAUCUUUGUCUUUCAGAAAGUUUUCUCACUGACAAGCCUUACUACACACAAUUCAGCUGUUACCUUAUUCUUUCAGUACUCUUCCAUACGUAAGCUAGUAAUUGUACUUGUGAUCAUCAGUGAUUUGACAGCUUGUAUAUCUACCAUGCCCAGCCAUUGCCACAAGUUACAUAAGAGAGCUUCUUGACCCUAUGUACUUGUCCUUGAGCGAAAUGCUACAAUAACUGCAUUUUUUUCUUUUCUUAGUUUUUGUAGUACUUAGUGUCAAGGUCACUUUAGUCAAGUGUUCUUUUUCUUUUUUUCAUCUUGUGCUCUCAUUACUAGCAAUGAUCUCCUUGCCCCUCUUCUUGAUAUCUAUCAAACAUCAUUUUUUUAAAAUCACCUGUGAGUGGUUGAAUAGCUGUGUUUCUUGAUUCCUGUCAUAUGAGGGGGAAAAUUUUUUUUAGAGAAUGGUACAGCCAACUCUAACAAAAAAAAAAUAUUGUUAAAAAAAGGGAAGACCAAAUAGGACAUUUUCUCUGCCAUGCUGUGAUAGCAUUGCACAUGUAUUCGUGGUGCAGUGUACCUGAAUUUGUUUUUUUUUUUCGUUCCCUGUUAAAGAGCUGCAAGGUGCCAGCUCGUGUCUUAGCAAUUAUAUAAUUUUUGUUUAAACAUUGUUACGUUCAGAAACUGAAGUUCAAGUGUCACUGACCAUUUUGCUUCAUAUGAAGUAUUUUGGGGUCUGGUCUGUUGCUUAUUUUAACCUAUAACAUACCCAACAUAGCUUUGAAUAAUGUAUGUGUGAACUCAUUUCCUCAAAAGUUGAGGAAAAGAUGUUUACUGCUUAGUGCCUAUGCUUUUAACGUUAAGUCGUGGCAUCUUCGGCCCUACUUUUUCCUUAUGCCAUUGAAACAGUUUUGCAUUUUGUCAUUGUUUUGUCUCAAGAAUCGAGACUUAUCUCACAACCAGUGUCUUCCCUGUUUAAGCCGUCUUUGUUGGGUCUCUAAAGAAUUGAGGCGCAUAUGUGUCACAGCCACAGUUUUUGCUAUUUAAACAUGACACAUUGUUCUGUUUGUUUAUUAUUGGAGAUUUCUAUCCCUCCAAGGUGAUAUCAGAGUACUUUUGUUUUGGACGUGAUAGAAAAAAGAGCACUGUCACUUUGUUUCCUCUACAUUGUAUCUAUUGCUAACCACUAACUGCCACGCCCACAUUUUACUUCUGUAAUUUUUUUGUACAUUUUCUUCAAAUAAAGAAGACCUGAAGCACAAGGGA